ACACACAAUACAAGUGCACCCUAGAUAAGUGUUUCUGCAAUGCGCCCAUCGGAUACUUACAUGUAGUGUAUGCUGUCUUGUUGGAGUGCAGGUUUUCUUAUGAUCCUUCAUAGCCUCCGCUGCAGUAUGUCAGUCAACUACUACCGACUCACGCUUCUGCUCGGAGUGUAUAGUCUUUUGUGUCGGGCCAGUGAAGACAAAUACACCGUUUCCGUGCCUGAAAAUGCCAACCCUGGGACAGACGUUGUCAGUUUGCUGGAGAUAGGGAAAGCGGAACUUCCGUGUGUGAUCGUGGAAGGAGAUCCAUAUGGCCGCUUCUAUGUGAGUACGGACUGUACUGUAGUGGUGUUCAAGCCGCUAGACUGGUCAGUACAAUCAGACUAUCUCCUCAAGAUUCGUGUGGGACAGCUUGAAGACAAAGGUCACCGUACGCGUAUCGUCAGCGUUCUAAUAAUCGUGACUAACGUCCCUGGCUAUCCUCCUGUGUACAACGAGACGUGUGAACCACCGGUUAGACAUUCGGGGGAUUCUGACGGAUUUCUGUUUAGUCUUCAGGCGAGUGCACAGAUUGAGACGACUAGCGGGGAUGUUAUUUUCGUUGAGAAGAUUAUUACAAAACCUCUAGAGAACUGGAAUAUGGAAGACCCUACGUUCACAAUCGUCAUAGACAACAACUGUCGUGUUAGCAUAGCACUAGACGUCCGUGGCAUAAUGGAUAUGGCAUUCGCAGCAGAAUUGUGGCAGGCGAAUCAUGAUCAUGAGAUCGGCACAUUUAAACUGUCAUGUUAUGCGGAGUCUAAUACCAUACUACAUGAGUUCUUCAUUGAACUCUUUUUUGUCAAAGACAGGUACAAAGAUAAUCUACAUUACCUAGAACAAUACAUACCGCACGUCUUGGAGAAACUUAAGAAACCACGUUUGGUCUAUUUAAUUUCUUAUCAAUAUCCAGCCAAAACUGCAACUCGCUACAACUGCAACUUCCCGCCGUUACGGCGUGCCGUCGGUUUGUUUUCUCCGUACCGGCAUCUGGGUGGAGUCAAAAAUGUCGAGGCGGUAACUGUGGAUGUGAGUCCAGUCGGCUGCCCUCCUGGUAAAUACGGACUCCUUUGCAACAAGACCUGCAUCUGUAAAAAUGGCGCCCGUUGCCAUGGUUUCAAUGGUGCCUGUAAAUGUACACACGGAUGGCAGGGUGUGGCCUGUGACAUCCCGAAGCCUGGUGUUUCGGCAACAACGACACCCAGCGAACCGGCUGAUAUCUACACUUCCGCCAACGUCACCAUUCACUGCAAGGUCCAUCACCUCAUUGUCACAAGGUUAUCGCUUCGACUUCCAAACGGAUCUGACAUUGUAAACAUUAGUGGUAACCAAUUAGACAAAACUGUUACUAACAUACAAUCUGAAGACAAGGGCCCCUAUACCUGCCAAGUUCGGGACACUCAUGGAAACGUCUUCAAUGAAACGAUUGUACUUGACAUCGCCAACUGUCCACCCAAUCGGAAAGGUGAGUUCUGUGAUGAAGCAUGUGACUGUCUCCGUGGCGCCAGCUGUGACUGGAGGUCUGGCUGCGUCUGUCCCCCGGGAUGGACAGGAGACAGGUGUCAGACCACAUGUCCGAACGGCACGUACGGCGAACGGUGCGCGAAGAGCUGUCCCUGUCGAAACGGUGCUAGCUGCGCCCCUAGCGACGGUGAGUGUUCCUGCACUGCUGGCUGGUUCGGUUCGUUUUGUGACGUUCCCUGUCCCAGACACAGGCACGGCUUCAGGUGUCAGAAGAUCUGCACCUGUAAAAACAAAGCCACCUGCGACAACGUGGACGGCAGCUGCACCUGUGCAGCGCCCUGGAAAGGAAAGAACUGUGACGAAAUCCAAGCAAUUGGAUCAAAAACAUUGGUUGAACUCCUUGUUCCGUUAGGUUUUGGAAUUGCCCUGCUUGCUUGUGUAGCGAUCGUACUUCACAAAAAGCGCCCCCUGUGUGACGACACCGCCGCUGCAGACGGGGAGACUGAAGCUCUGCUGGAGUUAGAGCAGGUACAGACUUACCUGGCACAGACCGUCCAGCCGGGCUGGCUCAGACGCUGGGAGAAGGGCAGCCGACAUCUGACACUGGGUCACCUGGUGGGAAUGGGGAUGUUCGGACACGUCAUUAAGGCCAAUCUGAAGAUAUCUACGGGAGAAAUAAUCACCAUAGCUGCCAAGGCGGUUCGAAGAAAAGACACGCAAUGUUAUCGGAACUUCUACAGGGAGGCCGCCAUCUUGGUAGCCGUGCAUGAGGACCAGCAUCACGAAAACCUUCGCUCCAACAUCAUACAAUUGUUGGGGUUAGUAAAUGAAGCGUCACGGAAAUAUAUCCUCAUGGAAUACGCUUCAAAAGGAAACCUCCUGCGCUUGUUGCGACAGACACGCAGGCAGAACGGGACCGCUUCUCUCCCUCAUCAUCUCCGCUACGCCAUCCACAUUGCCCGUGCUCUUCAGGAGCUCCAACGCCUGGCCAUCACACACUGUGACGUGGCCGCUCGGAACGUCCUCAUCACUGCUGACGACGUGGCCAAGUUGGCCGACUUUGGACUUGCGCGAGACGUGUACGCCACCGUGCAGUAUGUUAAUGAAGACGGGAGAGAACAACGGCAAGACAAUAAAGAAAAUGAAGUUCUACCGUUAAACUGGAUGUCUCUGGAAUCACUAGAGAAAGGUGAAUACACCUGUCAGAGUGACGUGUGGUCCUUCGGCGUGCUGCUGUGGGAGAUCGCCGCGCAGGGUCAGGAGCCGCGUUACGACGGCAAUAACAACCCGAGCUGCCGGCAACUAGCACAGACCCUCCGGAGAGGAAUCCGGCUCAGACGGCCUCCGGAGUGUUCCGGAGAGAUGUAUUUCGUCAUGAACUCGUGUUGGCAGGAAAUGCCGUCAGAAAGACCGGAUCCGGAUGUGUUGGAGGAAAAACUUCAGCAAGUGCAACAUGCGAUGAUUCCGCGCUUACUUAUUGAGAUGGAAACAGCAGUGUAGGCCGCCCCUGGAGGUGUCACCAAAAUACAUACCAAAUAUCAUCUGAAAUACGAGCGAUCGCUGUUUUGUUUACAUCAUA